UUGCGGUGUGUUGCUAUGGUAAGACUUCCCUUUGAAACAGGAAGUGACAGAGCUGUAAGAAAGAGGGCUGGCAGGCAGCGUAGCUGUAGAGGGGAACAGUUUGGAGCGACGUACUCGGUGUCGUACCCUGAUGUGGCCAUGUCCAAGAAAAUGAACACUCUGUCAGUGCCAGCGGGUCAGAUGACCCAGGCGGUUUCUGAUGGGGAGCUCAACUCCAAGUUACCCAGUCGUGGCAGCAGCUCCAGCCUAUCAGAGAGCUCGAGCAGGACCGGUGGUCCUCAAGGGGCUGAUGGUCCAGCCAGUCGGGUGGUCAGCUGGGCGGUGUGUUUCGAACACCUGCUUGAAGACCGUGUCGGUGUGCGAUACUUCACCGAGUUUCUCAAAUCCGAGGUGAGUGCUGAGAAUAUUCUGUUCUACGAAGCCUGUGAAAAGUUCAAGAAAAUCCCAGCCACUAGACUGGAAGAGCUGAAGAAAGAGGCGCGUUCCAUCUACGACAGUUUUCUUUCUGAGAGCUCUCUGCAUGCGGUUAAUAUCGACGAUACGGCCCAGAUUGAAGAGAGUGCAUUAGAGACGCCUACGCCCGACAUGUUCAAUAAAGCACAGGGACAGAUCUUCAAGCUGAUGAAAAUGGACAGCUACACGAGGUUUGUCCGCUCUCCGCUCUACCAGAACUGCAUGCUGUCUUGUGUGGAGGGUCGUCCUCUUCCCAGUGUUGGAACCCCGGAGCCCAGAAACAAAAUGUCUAAAAAGAGUGCAACGCCACCUAAUAACAGAAAGAGUGUUGAGUUGAAAGUGCCCUCAUCCGACAGCAAGACCAACAGGAAGAAGAGGUUAGAGAAGAGAGGCUCAUGGGGAGCUGACCAGUCAUAUCAGCAUGUGAUGGUGUCUCGUAAAGAGUCUCAGAUCUCAGUGAAGUCUAACAGCAGUCUGGAGUUGGUCUCUGGAUUUGGGCGAGCUGAGAACGGGCGCUGCAAUGUGGCCAUCUCUGAUCCAGAAGCCUUGAGUUGUGGUUCUCCGACAGCCGAUAAGUACUGCUGUGUCUACCUGCCGGACGGGACCGCCAGCCUGGCCCCUGCCAAACCCAGCGUGAGCCUCAGAGACAUGCUGAGCAGCCUGUGUGAGAAGAGAGGCUUUCCUCUGAAAGAUGUCAUCAUCUACCUACAAGGCAAAGAUAAGCCUCUUUCUCUGGAUCAGGACAGCUCUCUGUUUGGAGAUCAACAGCUCACUUUGGAGCUCAAAGUUACAUUUGCGCUGUACAUUGCGUUUGCAGAAAGAACGAUAGGAAUCAUUGCAAAGUCGAGCAAGAAUUUGGGCGAUACACUUUCCACUGUCCUACAGAAAUACCAAGUGCGACCUCAGGAUGUGCAGGUUACUCUGAGUGGCUCAAAUGAACCUCUAAACAUGAGCACAAACGUGUUUCGUCUUGCCAACAAAACACUGUGUUUGGACAAAGUUAAAGUUGGUUUGGAGACUCAAGCCGCUUUACCAACAGCCAAAGCAAAUCCCAGACCCAGAAGAAACCAGGAAAUGGAUGGUCUUGUUGAGCUGCUGUCCCGUGCACAGUGCAGUCGUGUGGAGGACCAGCGUGGUUUACUCACCAAAGAGCAGCUGGAGUUACCGCAGUUCCUGCAGCUGCCAGCAGGGAACGAGGAGCAGACUUCCUGCGACCAGACACAGGAUUGUGCCCUUUGACCUGAGAACCAUUCGAGCACUAUUCAAGCAACUUAAGACUCAAAUCAGUUAGCUGUAUGGGAGACUGGAGGAGAGAAACUCUGAAAAGGUUACGCAAGUGUGUGUGUGUGUGUGUGUGUGUGAGAGAGAGAGAGAGAGAGAGUUGAGGUUUCUUAACCUUGAGAGUGAUUGAGUAAAGUGUAUAUUUUGUAAAUUACAGACACUGCCAUGUAGAGCUCUUAGAAACGCUGCCUGUCAAAUAAUGCAAAAUUAUAGAAAGUUGCCUUUAAAAAAAAAUCCAACUACAUUUGCUUACUAAAACAAUUGUAUUUAUUUUCAUAUCAGAUUGUAUGUGCAAUAUCAAGUGUGCUCUUAUUUAUCAGAACAUAUUUGGUAUGGGAACUCAUCUAGUAUGACUUUAUAUUGAGUUUAUUGUUUUUUUUUCUUUUGUUCACAGUGAAUUUAGGGUCUGAUUUAAAAAGGUUUUGUGUGAGCUGUUGUGUGAAACUGCACUGUGUUGCGUGUGAUUUUAGGCACUUUGUUUCAUUUGGUGAGACAAUCUGAUAUGAAAUGAGAUAAGCAAGGUCAUAUUUAGUUUUGAAAUAAUUUAUUUCAAAUGUCCUAAAUUAAAUGUAAUUUCCACUCGAUGUUGUUCCAAAACUGUAUGACCAUGAUCAUUCAUUUAAAUUGUUUGUGUAUUAUUUGUCUAGUACUACUCUUUUGUGUAAAAUGAAAGCAUAUAUUGGACAUUUACUUUAAAUUUAUAAUUUUUUUCUCCCAAUUCUCAGACAAACAUCAGAAUUAUGAAAUAUAAACUCUGAAUUAUUAAAUUUACAUCUUGCUAUUC